CCCAGGCCCUGCGAGGAGGGAUGGGGAAGGAGGGGAGGGGGCACUUCCUGGGUGAGGUAGGCAUGAGGCAGCUCCAGACCCGUCAGCAGUCAGGGGUGAGCUGUGUCCUUCACUGAGGGAAGCUGGCCCAGAGAGGGCUCUGAUUUGCCCAAGGCCACCCAGCCUUGAGCACCCCCUUUCCCCUCCCACACAAUAGAAGGGGCAUCCUCAGCCUGGCUGGCAGUGGGCAGGCGGGAUGGCAGGGUCUCCUCCAAGGAGAAGGAGGGUUUUGCUCAUGGAUCUCCCCCUUCCAACUCUUAGCUCUGGGCAAGAGCCAGGGAGCAGCCGCAUGGAGAGUGAAGAAGGGGGGUCAGGACACGUUGGGGAUGACUUGAGGCAGCGCAGCAGCACCGGGAGGGGACCCUGGGGACUGCAGUGCAGAGGGACGAGUGGGGCCUUCCCUCCCGCCUCCACCCUCCUCUGCCACCGCCCCCCCUCACCAGCGCACCGGGGGAGGCGCACCCCGACGGAGGCGGUGUCAUCGCUCUCCUGUGAGCGGGGCAGGGCUGGAUGGGCAGGGGCGGGGCCGUGACUGGUGUUAUAAGAAGCGGCCAGGGCACUGAGGCAAUGAGCUCUCGGCUCGGCUUGGCAGCAGGACUGGCAACAGGCACGCGCCCUCCUCUGGUCCAGCCUGUGCGCUCCACCGCCGCUAUGGUCGCCGUGCCCACUGCCUGGUGCUCCCUCGCUCUGGCCCUGCUCCUGGCCCUGCAUGAAGGCAAGGGCCAGGUGGCUGCUGCCCCGGAGCCCCCGGCGCCCUCACCCCGGGCCCGAGGCUCCCCCCUGCGGCCCCGACGUUGCUCCUGCAGCUCCUGGCUCGACAAGGAAUGCGUCUACUUCUGCCACCUGGACAUCAUCUGGGUGAACACCCCCGGACAGACAGCUCCUUACGGCCUGGGAAACCCGCCAAGACGCCGGCGCCGCUCCCUGCCAAAGCGCUGUGAAUGCUCCAGUGGUGGGGACCCCGCCUGCGCCACCUUCUGCCAUCAAAGGUCCUGGGCCGAAGCUGUGGUAGUCCCAGGCGGCGGGUCCCCCGCAGAUGUGUUCCAGGUUGGCCAGACAUGGGCAUCCGCAGGAGAGCUCCUCCGGCAGCUGAGGGAAAUUUCUGCCACCAAGAUCCGCUUUGCCAGGCGACAGCAGGCGGUAGUGAGGGAGCUGAGGCCCACACACCCCAGGCGGAGGAAGAGAUAGCGUUGGUUGCUGAGGAACGCCAGGAUGGAGGCUGCAUGGAGCUGCGAGGAGAGGGGCAGCCCAGGGCCAGGGGCCCCACCUGCGGGGUGGCACAAGCUCUGGCCUCCUCCCGCGGGUGAGGGGGCUCCCCCCAAGGCAGCGCGUGUCCUCAGCCCGGCCAGGAAAGCCUUCAGCCCCCAGGCUGCGGAGCGGCAUCUCCCACCGGCCCCGGGCCCCACCGCACCGCCGGAAGGAACCGCAUGAGGAACGUACUUACCCGGAGGCCACGUCCUGAGAGGGUUCCUGUCUGUUGGCUACAAACCAGGAUUGACACGCAGUGGGGGACACUCACACCGAAGCCAGCCCUGGAGCCUGGACGGGGCGGGUGUCCUGGGCGGCCCCCGUCCGUCCCCUCCAGCUGUCUUUCCCCAGAGUCCUCCCACCCUCAUGUCCUUGGGACACUCCUGGUGAGAACGGCCUGCUCUGUUUCACCUGUCUGUAUAUAACUUAUUUGCUCUAAGAACUUUGAGAACUCCGGUUAUUUAUUUUAAUGUAUUUUUUUAGACUCAAUUAUUUACCUGCGAACUUGUGUUUGUAAUAAACGAUGGA